AUGACGAGUUUAGUAAAACUCAUGGAAUUGACAUUACGUAGGCGAUCGAUACUCAGUCACUCAGCAGAGUUCGUCCGCUUCUCGCCUGGCAAUCAAUUCCAAAAAAAGAUGAAAAAAGAGAUGUUUUCUCCGUUUUCUACUAACGAUUCACCGCAAGGCUUAUUCGGGAUACCAAUCAGUUCACUCGCCCGAAAACGUAGUCUAGUGUCGAUAUUUUGCGUGGCAACCAGCAGAGUUUUUUUUGGCGCGCGGGACACACCUGUCGGUAGAAGUAAAACGAUGAACAGUAAGAAUGAUGCCCGCAUCCCACGUUUUGGUGAUGCAAUUCGUAGAAGGCAUUCUUUCUUCGGUGAGACUUGUUCAAUUGACAAAAAUGCAAGCCGCAGCCCUAACGGAAAAAGGGACGAGUGA